AUGGGGAUCUUGAAUCUUUGUCUUUUGACUAGAACUUUAUUUCUCAUAGCCGUGUUCCUCAGCACUGCAGGUGCCCAAACAAGCACAGCAGCAGGAGCCAGUACAACUCCAUCUACUACUACCGGAAGUACAACUAUAACAACAUCAAUCACAACUGGCUCUACUCCUUCAACAACUACCACCACAAUAGGUCCUACUACUUCAACAACCUCCUCCACAGUAGGAUCCACAAACAGUGAAGCAUCUACUUCAACUGCUACAACAAUAGCACAUACGUCUGCUACAACACCCACUACUACUAGUGGAAGUACACCUUCAACAACAUCAACCACAAUGGGCUCUACUACUCCAACAACUACCGCCACAACAGGCUAUACUGCUACAACAACUUCCACCACAGUAGGAUCCACAAACAGUGAAGCAUCUACUUCAACAGCUACAACAAUAGCACAUACGUCUGCUACAACACCCACUACUACUACUGGAAGUACACCUUCAACAACAUCAACCACAAUGGGCUCUACUACUCCAACAACUACCGCCACAACAGGCUAUACUGCUACAACAACUUCCACCACAGUAGGAUCCACGCACAGUGAAACAUCUAGCUUAACAACUACAACAGUACACACAUCCCCUACAACACCCACUACUAGUACUGGAAAUGCACUUUCAACAACAUCUACCACAAUGGGCUCUACAACUCCAACAACUACUAUCACACCAGACUCUACUACUUCAACAACUUCCACCAUAGUAGGAUCCACAAACAGUAAAGAAACUAUUUCAACAUAUUCAACAACAGCACUUACAUCCCCUACAACACCCACUACUACUGAUGGAAAAACACCUUCAACAGCAUCUACCACAAUGGGCUCUACUACUCCAACAACUGCCACCAUGGUAGAAUCCACAAACAGUACAUCAACUAGUUCAACAUCUGCAACAAUACUUACAUCUACUACAUCACCCACUACUAUUAUUGGAAGUACAACUUUAUCAACAUCUACUACACUUGGAUCUAGUACAUUAACAGCUUCCACUACAGGAGGAUCGACUAAAAGUGAAACAACAACUAGUCCAAUUAAUGCUACAACACUUGUCACUUCAAGUGGUUCCACGUCUAGUACAACAAUAACUACUACUCAAACUACAACAGAUAGCAUGUCAAUACCCAUAAGUACUGUAACAUCCCUCCCAGCAGGUUUGAUUACUUUAACAAAUUCCACUAUAACAGGAUCUUCUCCAGCAUCCACUACCCCAAUAAGUGCAACAAAUGCCACCAGUACUGAUGGUAGUACUUUAACACCAUCUGUAAUAUCACAAACUCCAACUAGCUCCACAGCUAGUACAGCAGUUGUUUUAAACACUACAGCAGGAUUGACUGGGAGUGAAACUACAAGUUCAACAAAUGCUACAACAUUUGUCACUUCAAGUGGUUCCACAUUUAGUGCAACAACAUCUACUACUCAGUCUACAAAUUCUAGCAUGUCAACACCCAAUAGUACUAUAACAUCCCUUACAGCAGGUUCAACUACUUUAACAAAUUCCACUAUAACAGGAUCUACCCCAGAUUCCACUAUCCCAAUAAGUGCUACAAAUGCCACCAGUUCCUUAACAUCAUCUACAAUACCACAAACUGAAACUAGUACAACAGUGGUUUCAAACACAGGAUCCACUGUGCCAGCGUUGACUGAAAGCACAACCAGCACUUCUUCUAUUGUUGCACCUGUUGAACCUGGGGCCAACAGCAAUACAUCUACUACUCUUGGAGCAACAGUUACUGGAACCAUUGCUACUUCCAUUGCAACUACACUAUUCUCAGCCACUGGGACACUUUUGAAUACUACCACUAUAUCAGGAUCCACUGCCAUUGGAACUAUGACCAAUACUGAUACAUCAACCGGUACAUCAUUUGCCACUACUGGAUCAACAAUUACCACUUCGGGACCAUCUUCCAAUGAGACCACGAUCAGCAGUAGUGCAACAGGAACUAUUGUUUCUAGUGGCACGGCAACAACAAGUACGCAAACACCUGUUAGUAAUGUCCCUACCAUAAGCAAGAAUAAUAAUACUGCUGCUGCAACACAACCUACAGGAACAAUCACAUCGGUCAAUGUUUCUGUAUCUGCUGGAAGUAAUACAGCAUCUAUUUCUACAGGUCCCACUGGAAUAGUCACUGCACCAGGUGUAUUCAUAACAACUCAAAGCACCACAACCUUUUCCCAGGCAACUUCUGAUCAAUCAGCAAUGCCAUACUGGGCAAUAAUUCUGAUUGCAUUGGCGGCCAUCCUUGGCAUCAUUUUACUUGUUGGUACUAUAUUUCUGUUUCUGGCCGGCUGUUGUUCAUCUGCAUCUGCAGCCGUCGGGUAUCCCAGUUACCAAACCCAUUAUGGUUGGCGCAGUUCUCCAAGACAUUCUGUAGCCACGGAUACAGAGAAAGGAAUUGAAUUAAAAGAACAUGAAAGAAAUAUGUCAAUUUCAAGGGCAUCAUAUCAGCCACAAAGACCUUUCAACAGUGGGCUGUAUGUAAAUUACAGAUGAUCUCUAAAACUUGGAUUGAUGGAAUUGAUAUCCACAAUAUACAUUUUAGAUUUUUAAACUUUGUUUGAACUGCUUUACAAAGGCUGGUGCAAAGUGCAAACAGGUAUUAGCCCUUUUCUUGUCUUUGAAUAUAAAGUAUUUAUUGGCUGCUAUGGGCUUUAAUAGCCCCUUCUUAUUUGUAUUGCGGGCAAUACAAUAGAUUCUUGGGCCAUAGUGGAAUGGAGGAGGAAGUCUCUAUAAUGCACAUAUUUAUAUCAAAAUAUUAUAUAUCAAAAACUGAUUGUUGUCUCACUGGUAAAAUAAUCCUAAACCUUCAGGCAAACAUACAGCAGGUAUUGUUUUUGGAUGUAUCAAUCUAUUAGACAAGAGUUUUUUUAAGCAGUUGUCUCUACCUCUUAACUUAAAAUCAUUGUCACAGUUUUAACCUAUGAAACCCCUGUCCCUACAUCAGCAAAUUGCAAAUCAGCUUUCUGGUGCUAAAUAUUUUGCUCUAAAUACAAAUUUUAAAAAAAAUAUUUUAUUGCACUAAGGAAAGAGUAAAGUGUCAUCUUUUUUUUUCUGUUAAGAUUUCCAUUCACUUUCUGACUCUGAGAUGCAUCUAGAAGUGAGGGGGUAUCUCCCCAAAGUAAAGGGGAUUCCCAAGUUGUUCAAUUGUCUCCAGAAUUUUUGUGCUCAUUGGAUGAUUUAGGCUUCCUUCUUGCUCUCAUGACAACUAUAACAUUUUGGAUUUCUUUCUUCCUGAGGUCACCAGGACAAACAGUGUCCCCCCUACCACAGUACUGCCAGCUUCCCUCCUUUCCUCUUCUUCCAGCUGCUGUGGGGGAUGUUUUGGGAUGGAGUAUUGGGCCUGUGCACACCAUCCACAGCUCUAGUAACUGAUACCAUUUGCUGUCCUACUGAAACCAACCUCUGCCAUACUGACAAUGUCCACUGCUCCUACUGACAUCAUCCACUGUCCAACUGACACCAACUUCUUCCCUACUAACUGACAACAUCCACUGUCCUAUUGACACCAACCUUUGCCAAACUGACACGUCCACUGCUCUACUGUACUAACUGACAACAUCCACUAUUCUACUGACACCAACCUCUGCCAUACUGACAAUGUCCACUGCUCCUACUGACACCACCAUAUUUUAACCAC